GUCAGUGCGACAGCAGACACGAUGCGGGCAGCAGGUAGCGCGCGGCUCGCCCUGGCGACCUACCUCUUGGCGCUGGCGGCGGCGCAGCAGCUGCCCUGGUGGUGGGGGCUGUCCGCCCCCGACUACAACCCGGUCACCCAGGCGCCCAACAACAACGUGGGGGGCGGCUCCACCCCCGGCCCCGGCGUCGGCGCGUCCACGGUGGACCCGCUCCGGCAGAGCACUUACGAGCCGUGCGAGUGCGGGCCCGGCAAGUCGUGCGUCUGCGUGCUCUACUACCUGUGCAAGAACGGCACCAUCGUGACUACCGGACUCGACCUGCUCGAUGACAGAAUAAACACACCAAAAGUUGAAAUGUGCCCUGGAGUACAACACUGCUGCCAGGAGCCACCUCGGAAAACCACAGGAAGUCAAACUCCUACUACACCACCGACGCCGUCAACACCACCGUCUGUGGAGCCUGGACCUGUGACACUGACUCCAAAGCCUCCCAUCCAAGUUCCUGUGGGACCUGUCAAGUCUGGUUGUGGAGUGAGGCGUGGGCUAUCACCAGCGACAGACAACAGCACAACAUUUGCAGAAUUCCCGUGGAUGCUGGUUGUCCAAGUAGCUGUAUUCCCAGGGGAUGGAAAACCACCUGCCUUUGUCUUCAAAUGUGGAGCUUCACUUCUGCACCCACAAGUUGCUCUCACUGCUGCACACUGUGUUAAAAGGUUGAUUCCAUCAGAUAUAAAAGUCAGAGCUGGAAUAUGGGACUUAACAGCAGCAACGGAACCUUUACCACACCAGGAGCGCAGGGUGAUAAAAAUAAUAAGACAUCCUCAAUUUGAAGAGAAGACACUCUUCAAUGACAUAGCACUCCUAGUGCUGGAUAAACAUUUUGAUGAAGCAAUGAAUGUUGAAGUUAUUUGUGUGCCUCCCCCUUCAGUAGAUUUCACAGGCCUUCGAUGUAUUGCAACUGGAUGGGGCACAUCAUCUCCUGAUGCUGAGAUUGUCCAGACUACAAUGAAGAAAGUGGAGCUGCCAGUAGUUUCCCGUGAUCACUGUGAAAAUGAGCUUCGCAUGACAAGACUUGGACGCUACUUUGAACUCCAUGAGAGCUUUAUAUGUGCUGGUGGUGAGCCACAAGUAGAUACCUGCCGUGGUUCUCUUCUGCACAAUACCAGUUACACUGAAGCAGUGCCAGCAGAACGUCCGUUCGUUAGGAACCAUCUACAGGAAAAUGACGAUGAUUCUGUCAAAUUGAAAACUGACAUUCACAGCCUAUCUGACAGUACAUAUCAUGGGCGUAGUCUUUAUGGCUCUGGUAGACAUAAAAGACAUGCAGUAAGCUCAAGAGAGAAUAUACCCAACUAUGGUACUCCAGGAACAUAUGCACAUUUCUUUAACACUCUGGGAAUAAAUCCAAAUAUACCUUCACUGCAGUGGCUCUCACAGUAUCUGCCAUUUAGUCAUCAAGGCAACCCAUUAACUGAUCAGCGUAACCAAGUCUUCUAUGGCUGGAACCCCUUCCUUCAAGGCACACAUUCUACAGUUCACCCGAACCCCCUGACCCCUGGAAAAUUUCCUCAGAAAAAUAAGCAGUUUGAUAACAAAAAUGGCCCUCAUAACUCUGCUGAAAAUGUACCAAACUCUGGUGGAGCCUUGUACAGUUAUAAUGGAUACCCAAACACAAAUUCUGGGAACUUUUACAAUGGUAACAACUUACAUGGGUCUAACAUCAACAGUGGGAACCCACAUGUCACUAGUAGUAAUCCACAGUCUUUUGGAUGGAAGUACAAAAUCCCUGGCCCGAACCAGAACUACCCUGGCCCGAACCAGAACUACCCUGGCCCGAACCAGAACUACCCUGGCCCGAACCAGAACUACCCUGGCCCGAACCAGAACUACCCUGGCCCGAACCAGAACUACCCUGGCCCGAACCAGAACUACCCUGGCCCGAACCAGAACUACCCUGGCCCGAACCAGAACUACCCUGGCCCGAACCAGAACUACCCUGGCCCGAACCAGAACUACCCUGGCCCGAACCAGAACUACCCUGGCCCGAACCAGAACUACCCUGGCCCGAACCAGAACUACCCUGGCCCGAACCAGAACUACCCUGGCCCGAACCAGAACUACCCUGGCCCGAACCAGAACUACCCUGGCCCGAACCAGAACUACCCUGGCCCGAACCAGAACUACCCUGGCCCGAACCAGAACUACCCUGGCCCGAACCAGAACUACCCUGGCCCGAACCAGAACUACCCUGGCCCGAACCAGAACUACCCUGGCCCGAACCAGAACUACCCUGGCCCGAACCAGAACUACCCUGGCCCGAACCAGAACUACCCUGGCCCGAACAUAUAUCAAGAAAAUGCAAACAAGGAUGAGCAUAAAAAUCCAUGGUCACCAACUGCUGCAACUAAUACAGUGACACCUCUCUACACUGGAGGUGUCACAGGGCCACAAACAAAUGACAGUGCUCACUCCUGGCCACAGGAUUCCAAAGAGAGUUCAACUGAAGUGACACCAAUUGAUGGGGAUGGUGGUGGACCACUCAUGUGCCCCAUCACCGACGACGACGGACGCUAUGUUCAGGUUGGUAUCGUGUCGUGGGGCAUCGGCUGUGGCGGCAGCAGGACACCAGCAGUCUAUGCCAGCUUAUCCUAUUUCAGAGACUGGAUUGAUAAGCAGUUAGAAGAAAAUAAAUUUAUAAACAUUGCCAUACCACCACCAAGUGUGGAUCAAGAUGAAAGAUUUAAAGAACCUAAGCCAACAUGGGGAUGAGGAAAGAGAACAUUCUGAGCUUUAGAAUACACCAUAAAAAAUAUUUAAAUGAAGAUUUGGACAUGUACUUCUUUUUCUUGGUUGUUCAGAAAGCCAUAAGUUAGUAUGCAGUAAAGACCUUAGUUUAUUUAUGCUCUGUAGAAUAUUUGUCAUUAAAUUGAAUCAUGGAUUCACACAAACAGGAAACACAAAUUUCACUACAUAUUUUAAGCCUUUUAACAAUAUACUGCCAUGCAUGUAUUUAUAAAUUGUACUGUUACGGAAUUUUUAAUAAUAAAAAGGAAGUUUGCAUGUCACAUAAUAAAGGCAUAAACACCAUA